AUGAAAAUAGGAAAUUAUAAAAUUUGUACUUGGAAUAUUUAUAAGAGAAGAAUAUCUUUUUUUGGAGUUCUUCCAUUUGAACUUCAAACAAAGGGAAACAUAAGAAAAAUAGAAAGGAGGACAUUUUGUGGAUGGAAUGAGAGAAAUUUUUUGUUUUUUUCUUUAAACAAUGAUAUAAAUAAAUGUGUUAAUAUGAGUGAAAUGAUAAUAAGAAGGGGUAAUAUCACUACAACUAAAAAGAGUAGUGGUAAGAAUAAAAGGGUUAAAAAUGAAAGUGAUAAGGAUAAUAAUAUUGUUAGUAAUAAUAAUGAUAAUAAUAUUAAUAGUAAUAAUAAUAAUAAUAAUAUUAAUAGUAAUAAUAAUAACUCGAAACGAAGCAGUAAGAUUGUUAUGUAUAUAAAAAGUAACAAAUUAUAUUUAACAUACAACGGUUUUCUUUUAUUUUUUUUUUCCAUAUUUGCUUAUUGUAUUACUAAAUUGUUAAUUAUGUUUUUUGAAGAACCUCCUGCUGUGCAACUAGUAAAAGAAAACGUUUUAAAAGAUAAAAAACUAUUAGAAGAAUAUGAAGAAGUUAUUUUUUCUAGGUUCUGGUCAGGGUUCUUAAAUGAUAACGAUGCUCGCAUUAUCAUAAAUAUUAAAAGUAAAAAACAAAAUAAAAAAGGAAGAAUUGUAAGUAAUUUAAUAAAAAAAAAUGAUCAAUGGAUUAUUAAAACUUUAACAUAUUAUAAUACAAAAAAAACGGAUAAUUUAAAAACAGACGAUUUGAAGAAUCUACAAAAAAAUGAACAAAAAAACGAACAACAACAUGAACAAAUCAGCUUAUGUCCAAUAAAUACUGACUCGUUUAGCAAAAAGAAAUGA